AUGUCUUCGUCAUUUACUCGAGUGGUGCGCCCUGCUCUACAAGGUGGUCGAGGUCUCACACAGCGCAUUGCCACACGAGCCACCGCUCCCCGAACGUUGACGAGAAUAAACCUCAACACUGCUCGUCCUCUAUCUACAACAUCCAUCCGCCGCAAUGAGCAAAUCGACAUCUCCGAGAUCCCUCCUACACCCAUCACUCACCUCUCCGAGAUCGAGGCUGCCAUGGCCGACACCGUCUCCAAGUUCUCUACAGAUGUGAUUCUUCCUCGUGCGCGUGACAUGGACGAGGCUGAGGAGAUGGACCCCGCUGUUGUUGAGCAGCUGUUCGAGCAGGGUCUCAUGGGUAUUGAGAUCCCCGAGGAGUACGGAGGUGCCGGCAUGAACUUCACUUCCGCCAUUAUCGCCAUUGAGGAGCUUGCCCGUGCAGACCCCUCCGUUUCCGUCCUGGUUGAUGUGCACAACACCCUCUGCAACACAGCUAUCAUCAAGUACGCCUCCACUGCUAUUAAGAAGAAGUGGCUCCCUCGCCUUGCGACCAACACCGUUGCGUCUUUCUGUCUCUCUGAGCCUGUCUCUGGUUCCGACGCUUUUGCCAUGGCCACAAGAGCUACUGAGACCGCCGACGGUUUCAAGAUCUCAGGUAGCAAGAUGUGGAUUACAAACUCCAAGGAAGCCGAAUUCUUCAUUGUCUUUGCCAACCUCGACCCCAGCAAGGGCUACAAGGGAAUCACUGCCUUCAUCGUCGAGAAGGGCACCAAGGGUUUCUCUAUUGCUAAGAAGGAGAAGAAGCUCGGCAUUCGCGCCUCAAGCACAUGCGUCAUUAACUUCGACGACGUUGUGAUCCCCAAGGAGAACCUCCUCGGUGAGCGUGGCCACGGUUACAAGUACGCCAUUGCCCUUCUCAACGAGGGCCGAAUUGGUAUCGCUGCCCAGAUGACCGGCCUGGCUCUCGGUGCUUUUGAGAACGCUGCUCGCUACGUCUGGAACGACCGCAAGCAGUUCGGCUCUCUUGUUGGUGAGUUCCAGGGCAUGCAGCACCAGCUCGCCCAGGCCUACACCGAAAUCACUGCCGCUCGCGCUCUCGUCUACACUGCUGCUCGCAAGAAGGAGGCUGGCGAGGACUUUGGUUCCGCCAUCGAGUGGAUGGGUGGCAUGGGCUUUGUCCGCGAGGGUCUUGCUGAGAAGUACUUCCGUGACAGCAAGAUCGGUGCCAUUUAUGAGGGUACCAGCAACAUCCAACUUAACACUAUUGCCAAGCUCCUGCAGAAGGAGUACACAUCGUAG